AUGGCCUUGUCCAGACGUCCGCUCCCACUCCCAGAGGAAAACCCUAGCUACCCAGGCUUCCACCCGUCCGUCACUGAGCCACCGGCUGGCCAUAAACGGAGGGAGAACUCGCGUCCCCUUCACCAGCCGAUGGUCUUCGAGCGCGAUCAUGCCUUACGCCUUCGUGAUGAGAUCAUGAUCUACGCGGAUAUAUAUCGGCCAACAGACAAUAUCCCUGUACCGGCUAUCAUGGUCUGGGGACCGUACCGGAAGUCCGGGGGUGGUCUCCUCGACCUCAGGACUUUCCCGCUAAGAGUUGGUGUAUCCGAGGAGCGUCUCUCGGGGUACCUAGAGUUUCGAAGGCUAGAUCCACCAACCAACUUCAUGGGUAGACCCGACCCCGCCGAAUGGAUUCCCAGGGGAUAUGCCGUCGUGAACGUUGACGCCAGGGGUGCAAUGGACUCAGAAGGAGACAUGAGAUUCUGGGGUUCCGGGGACGGACAGGAUGGGUAUGAUGCCAUUGAAGAGAUCGCGAAGCUACCAUGGUGCAAUGGCAAGGUCGCCCUAGUGGGCAACUCGUGGCUGGCUAUCUCGCAGUGGUCUAUUGCUGCUGAGAGACCCCACGUUUGGCGUUAUAUGUUUGGUGGAUUUGCUGAUGGUUUAGCAGGUCCUGGCCGACUGGAGGGUAUUUUGGCUAUGCGGGAGGAGUCUGCUCUUACGAAUGAGUACUGGGAGGAUAAGAGGGCGAGGUUGGACCAAAUUCCGGUCCCUGCUUAUAUUUUGGCUAGUUAUUCGGCUGCGCUUCAUACUUCGGGGUCUUUUAGGGGAUAUGAGGCGAUACCGCAUGAUAAGAAGUGGCUAGUUAUCCACGGCACGCAGGAAUGGUAUGACUUGUAUUCCUUCGAGAGGAUUCAAGAACUACAGUCAUUCUUCGGUCGCUAUACGAAGGACCUUCCGAAUGGGUGGGAGACCACGCCGCGGAUCCGGGCUACAGUGUUGCCGUUCAAUCGGCCGGCGAUAACAAACAUUCCUUUCGAAGAACUGUCCUGGCCUCACCGCGAAAUGAUACUCAAGAGAUUCUAUUUAGGCUCCGAACAUAGCUUGUUAGAAGAGAAGCCGAAAGAGGCGGGACAAAUUGCCUACGAAGCCAAUGCUACCCCGAUACUGCAAAGGGGUAGUGACCCCGGUGAGAUCUCAUCCUCGUUUCGAUUGCUCGAACGGGCCGUCCUCCUUGGUCCUUCCCGCGCGGUCGUUCAUAUCAUGUCUAGGCAGAACGACAUGAAUGUCUACGUGAAGUUGAGGAAGGCUGGUCGAUCUGGCCGGCUUCUUCAAAACCUCAACAUUCCACUACAUGAUCAGGGUGUCACUUCAGCCAAUGAGGUACCUCUAAUCGUUCCAUUGAAAUACUUCGGUCCCCAAGAAAAUUUGCGAGCAUCAUUCCGUGAUGUCGCAGAGGAAUGGUUGGGAGAGCCCAUGCGAUUAGAAAUUGAUAUCUGGCCCACCCACGGGUAUCAUGUUCGAGCUUGGCGAACAACUAAUCAUGAAGGUUUCGGGGCAUUCCAUGAAUCUGUGGACUUUGAGGAUCUCCAGGGGACGUUUCGUGUCAGCAAUACGGGACCACACACAAUCUUUUGGGAAGGGCAAUUUGAAAGUUACCUAGGAGCUCCUCCGGUGGACCUCCCGGGGGCUGUUUAA